AUGGAUGAGCUGUCCCUGUUUCGUUCGGCAACCGAGCUCAACUCCCGGCCAGAGAACCUGCCAUUCGAGCUUGACAUGUUUACAUCGCAGCACGAGCCCCUCACCCCCCGAUCAACCCCGACGGUGCAUUCUAAACUUCGGUCUAGCUGCGAUUCCUGUGGACAAGCGAAGGUCAAAUGCGAUCGCAGCCAACCAGCCUGCGCGCGUUGCGUCUCCCAGGGCGUUAAUUGUGUGUAUGGCGUGUCUCGCAAAGCCGGGAAGCCUCCACGCAAGCGACCUGCCAUAUCCUCUCCCCUUCCAUCUGCCCGUCUGAGUAAACCCGACACUACCAACAUCGACCUAACCAGCAGCGGGCACGAUGACAUGGACAUCAUGCUCAGCCCGCCGGACAUUCCCAUAACUACCAAUUCCCCCUUUGCUGCUUCCUACGCCGACAUUCAAAGUUGGUUUCCGCUCGAUAGCCUGGGUAGCUUGGCUAACCUAGGCCCGCUUACUGGGGACUCAUUCAUGAGCGGGCAGAGCGUCUCGGUCGAAAGCUCAAUAAGCACAGGGCCAGCAGCAGCAGUGCAACAUGACUGCACGCGAGAUUCUAAAGAUAUCAUGCGCCGGCUGUAUUGCGCCAACCCUUCCAAUCCUAUCUCUGACGGCGUGCCAGCCAGCACAUUAGACCUUGGCAGCGUUCUGACGCGCAACCGCGACGUUGUUAGCCGUCUAGGACUUCUCCUCAGGUGCCCGUGUGCACGCUCACCACACAUGGCCAUGCUGUAUGCUUCCGUCAUAUCGCGCGUCCUGCUGUGGUAUCAACAAGCCACAAGUUCCACAGGACCGUCAUCGUCGCUUUUCCCGCCCACGCUGACAACUCCGGAGUCAGUACCAUCAUUGUCAAGUAGUGCCACCUCAACAACUGGAGGCGACGACAAUAGUGGCAUCUCAGUGGUACCAACAGCCGUCAUGAUCGGGACCUUCCAAAGCGAUGACCAGAGCCUGCAAGCAGCCCUUACUAAUCGUCUUAUUCUGAGCGAGGUAAAGAAAGUCCGUGCCUUGAUUGAAUCAUUCAUCUCUCUCGGCGCAGAAUCGUCUGAUUUACCAGCUGUCGGUGAUGCUUGCUCAGCUGCUGGAGACUUCAAUACUACAGUAGCAGAUACGGGGUUGUUUACGAGUCUUGGUUUCUGGCUUCGGAAUAAGCAAAUUUCUAUUCAAGAUACCCUCGAUGCUAAUCUAUCCUUUUGA